AUCGAGGCAACAGCUACACUUAAUUUAUCACUCAAGUCUGGCAGCACUGCGUUGUGUUUCGACAAAAGAAGAAAUUUGUGGUUUCCGAGGAAUUAAGAGCAAUAUCUCACGGCUCCAUCGUUAAAGUCCAGAAAUAUAGCAUAAACGAAGACUCCGAGUACUUAGUAGGAUGGCUCAGGAAGGUCAGGAUAUACCCACAUUCAAGUGCGUGCUAGUCGGCGAUGGCGGCACCGGCAAGACCACCUUCGUCAAGCGCCACAUGACCGGUGAGUUCGAGAAGAAGUACGUGGCCACACUGGGCGUGGAGGUGCAUCCGUUGAUCUUCCAUACCAAUCGUGGCGCCAUCCGUUUCAACGUGUGGGACACCGCUGGCCAGGAGAAGUUCGGCGGCCUGCGCGAUGGCUACUACAUUCAGGGCCAGUGUGCCGUCAUCAUGUUCGAUGUUACCUCGCGUGUCACGUACAAGAACGUGCCCAACUGGCACCGCGAUCUGGUCCGCGUCUGCGAGAACAUACCAAUCGUCCUCUGUGGCAACAAAGUCGAUAUCAAGGACCGCAAGGUGAAAGCAAAGAGCAUCGUCUUCCACCGAAAGAAGAACUUGCAGUAUUACGAUAUUUCUGCCAAAUCGAACUACAACUUCGAGAAACCAUUCCUCUGGCUGGCGCGCAAGCUGGUUGGUGAUCCCAACCUGGAGUUUGUCGCCAUGCCAGCCCUGCUGCCGCCCGAGGUCAAGAUGGAUAAGGAUUGGCAGGCGCAGAUCGAGCGCGACUUGCAGGAGGCCCAGGCGACCGCACUGCCCGACGAGGACGAGGAGCUAUAAGCCUAUUUGUAGUUAACUUAGAGCGAAAUCCGGCUUGCACGAACACACACAUACACACACACAGAACACAACACCAAACCACACCGAACACACAACACACAACACACUGAAUCAAGAGGAGAUGAAGGAACCGGUACGGAGCAGAAUGUAUCAUUAGCAGUUGUGUUCUACUGGUUACACCAUCGAGUUUACCAGCCCGUUUAUGUGCUUCAAUCGAUCGAUGGGAAACAAGCAACUAUUCUGGCGUCGAUUUUAGGUUUCCAAUCCAUUAAUAAGUCGGUUAUAAUUGAUUUUUUUUUUUGUUUGUUUCCUUAUACGUUGGCUCUUGGCAAAGAAUAAAAAAAGUAAUUAAAAAGGUAAAGCAGGCAGGCAACAGUAACUUAGUCGAAAACCAAGAGAGAAAUAAAUAGUCACGGCACGUAUUUUUUUAAAACUAUAAAACAAUGUUCUUUUCCACCCAACAAAAAAAGAAAAAAAAAGUGUGAAUGUUAGAAACGAGCGAGACGGCAUGCUCGGAGCGGCGCACGGGAGCGAGCGAGAGCGCAAUAGCUGGCCAAUGAACUGAGUUCCCAAAGGAAAAAUAAUACUAUUGAAAAAAAAAGAAAGGAAAACACUGGAAACUAUGAGAAAAUUACCUAUAGAAAGGCCGCCGAAUUCACAUCCACAUGUUAUUAAUCUAAGGACUGAAGAAAUAAAAAAUAAACGUCGAAGAAAAAAAACUAA